AUGAAGUUGACCUUAGUACUCGUGGCUGCUUUGGCGGCGUUCGCAUCAGCUGAAGAAAGUGAUAACACUAUGGAGAUCGCCCUUAGUUUUGUGAAGGACUGCAAAGGAGAUUAUUUCCUAUGUGUUAAGGAAAAACUUCUCAAAAUAGUCGACAAUUUAAGGGCAUCGAGGAGUAUCACUAUUGCUGAAGGUGUUGUCCUGAAGGGUGAGCCCGAAGUGAGGACUGGGAAGAAACUGGACACCUUGCCUGUGGACCCUACUGCCAGGGAUGCGGAGGUCAACUACAGACUUAUGGAUGGCGUGGUCAGCCUUUUCGAAACCCACGCUGUUGAGGUCAAGAUGAACGAUGCCGACAAAGAGACGAUCCAAAGAUCUCUCGAAGAAGGCCGUGGCAAGAAAAAAGGAGGCGGCAUGGGCGCUAUCAUUGGUCUCCUCGGAGCUAAGGUCCUUCUUGGCAAACUGUUCAUUGUCAAACUGAUCGCCUUGAAGGCUUUGGCCACAGCCAAGAUCGCUUUAGUCCUCGCCGUCAUACUCUUCGUCGCCUGGUGCUUGAAACACGAUCACGCCAAGACCACUUACGAAGUGAUCCCACAUGCCCACCAUCAUGAGUCUCACCACCCUGUUCACGUUGAACACGUUUCCCAUGAAGCCCACGGUCACGGAGGUGGCUACUCCAGCUACGGCUCCGACUGGAACAAGAAUCUUGACGAAGCUCAGAACCUGGCCUACAGUGCCUAUUCACAUAACAAGUAG